AUGAAGAAAGUUAUAAAGAGGAGAGUGGCCUCUAGUUUAUUAAAGUUUAGUCCAAGGUCAAUAGUUACAACAUAUGGACCAAGGUCUAAUGACCCACUUCCAGUACAACUUCAAAAGUACCUAAUUUCUUAUCUAUGGUCAUUACUUCAUUACAAAGAAGUAAAGGAGGACACAAGAUUCCUUCUAUCUUUGGCGUUGGUCUCCAAGAGAUGGCUCGAAUGGACAGCUGACAUUCUUGGUCAACAUGCCGAGGUGACCGAUGAUCAACUCACAGACAGCGCCUUUCUCAAGCACCUAGCCAAGAGACAACCAGGAGUACCUGUACCCAACUACUCACUGCGAAACUUUAACAAGUUUGUCGCUCACAAGUAUAUACCAAUCAAGUUUGCCAACAACAAGCAACGUGACACUCUGAGAACAUUGCUCUUUGGACGUUUGGAACACAUCGAGUGCGAUAUAUCCAACAAACCAAUACCAAAGAACUACUUUGAUCAGAUCGUUGAUGGUUUGAUAAAGACCGGAUGUAAUCUUACGACGUUCACCUAUAGGAACAUGUCAGAGUCGUUGGCACCGACACUGAACUGUCUGGAUUUGGUUUCCAAGAGUCUUACUUCACUAUCGAUCAACACCACCAAUCUCGACUCGAGCUCAUCAACGAUUGCCUCCUUUAUCAAGAGUCGGGCACCAACACUACGAACUCUUCUCAUCUCUACGUUCUAUCAGGACGCACCACAGCCCCACUUCUAUUUGGACCUCUUCUCCACCAAGUACCCAGAGUUGACUACCAUUCACUUUGGUGUGGUCUCUCAUACUGACACCACAAUCUUGAGUGGACUGAGUAGUACAAACUUUCCAAAGCUUCAAGACAUUGGUAUCUAUUGGACCAGCAUGUCAGUUCAGGAGUACAGUCAAGAGUUUAUCAAAUUCCUAUCUGAUCCUCCAUUCAAACGACUAAACACCACGCUUAGUCUCACUCCACUGAUGGUAACACAACUGGCACACAACAAGACAAUCGAGAAGUGGAAAUUCAGAGUGAACCGCACCUAUCCAGAUAUUCAAUUCAACAGUGCCAUCAGAACAUUGUCCUUGAACUUCACCUCGAGAUUCAAUGAGGAGAUUGACCAAACAGCUGCAGCCAACUUUGUUACGAUGCUUUUGACCAACAUCUCACAACAGUGUCUCCAACUUAGACACCUCUCGAUUUGGGGUCUACUACCGGUGCACUUCCAAUCGUUUAUCAACUUUUUAAGAUCACCUCUUGGCAGUCAGUUGGAGCGAAUUGGAUUCUCAUCCCAAAGAUCAAUGGUAGCUCACAUUGACUAUAGUGUUGUCAUACGAGAGCUAUCUAUGAUGACCAAUCUCCUAAAGCUUGAGGUCAAUGAUGUGGCUAGUGGGGAACAUGUCGACCAAAUUGAGGCCAUCAUGGAACAGUCAUCAAAUAUCCAAAAGGUGAAUCUAUACUACUCCUCACAACUUACUUCUCCAUUCGUCUCGUUGUUCUUUUAA